ACCGACCUCGGCCCAUGUCAAUUCGCGCUAUGAAAUUUUAUUUUUCUCGUGACCUCUUCGCCUGGACUCUCUCCUCUGUAAACCGGCGGAUCUCAUCGGAGAUCGAAGACAAAUGAGAAAGCUUAAAGAAGGGUGCCGGCAGCAAGCCUCGGAAAGAGGACAAAUAGUUUGGCUUUCAUAGCCUUGCAUACGAUUUCGCCGCUUAGAUUUUCAUCGGACGAGCUUCCUGAUCCCCGUUUUAAGUUAUCCUUCUUUCGAGGCCUGCAUAUUUUAUUUGGUUUUGCAGAUUAUUAUGAAAAUCCAUGCUCAUAAAAAUCAAACGUAGAAGAAAGAUUUUGCUGGGAAUAUGCUGGAAUGAUAUGGGGGAUAUUCUCCCUAAGACGUCUGAAAGCGUGAGGAUGGACCAAAAUCCUUUUUCUUCUAGCAAUGGCACUACGGUGCCCUCUCAGAAUUCUGCUUCCAACGUUGAUGGGGAUGUAUAUGACUGCGAUGACUCAUACUUUGUUCUACCAAACUCAAACAGGUUGUCGAUGUCUCUACCUGCAGAGCUUGCAGGAGCUAUUCCCUUGAUUGAUAGGUUCCAGGUUGAGAAUUUCUUACGAGCUAUGCAGAAGCAAAUCAAUUCUGCUGGAAAGCGUGUGUUUUUCUCAAGAAAAUCUAUAGGUCCCGCAGUUAAUGAAAAGUUUACAUUGGAGGAUAUGUUAUGCUUCCAGAAGGAUCCUAUUCCAACUUCGUUGCUUAAGAUUAACAGUGAUCUUGUGAGCCGUUCAGUUAAGAUCUUCCAAAUGAUAUUAAAAUAUAUGGGAAUUGAUUCAUCAGACAAAUUAACUUUUUUGAGCUUGGAUGAGAGAAUUGAACUUAUUACAAAGCUUUAUAAGCAAACUUUAAAGCGUUCUGAACUUCGUGAUGAGUUUUUUGCGCAGAUUUCAAAACAAACUCGCAAUAAUCCUGACAGGAGCUGCUUAGUAAAAGCAUGGGAGCUGAUGUAUUUAUUUUCUUCUUCUAUGCCACCGAGUAUGGAUAUUGGGGCAUAUUUAUCUGAGUAUGUUCAUAAUGUGGUUCAAGGGGUCAAAACAGAUCCAGAAGUUCAAAUCCUUGCCUUGAACACAUUAAAUUCCUUGAAACGAUCAGUGAAGGCUGGGCCAAGAUUGACAAUUCCCGCGCGUGAAGAGAUUGAAGCUCUAUUGAUUGGAAAAAAGCUAACAACGAUAGUUUUCUUUCUGGAUGAAACUUUUGAAGAAAUAACAUAUGACAUGACCACCACGGUUGGUGAUGCUGUCCAGGAGCUGGCAAGCAUAAUCAAACUUCCGAUCUAUUCAUCUUUCAGUUUGUUUGAAUGCCGAAAAGUUGUACAAUGCUCAAAAUCUGUUGACAGUGGUAAUGAGGAAUUCAUUGGGUUAGAUGAUAACAAAUAUAUCGGGGAUUUGUUGACUGAAUUUAAAGCACUCAAAGACCGCAACAAAGGAGAAAUUUUGCAUUGUAAACUUACAUUUAAGAAAAGAUUAUUUCGCGAGUCAGAUGAAGCUGUUACCGAUCUUAUGUUUGUGCAACUGUCCUAUGUUCAACUGCAACAUGACUAUGUUUUGGGAAAUUAUCCAGUUGGUAGGGAUGAUGCAGCUCAAUUAUCUGCCCUUCAAAUAUUAUGUGAAAUUGGAUUUGUUCAUAAUCCUGAAACAUGCAUUGAGUGGAUUUCACUGCUUGAAAGAUUUUUACCACGACAAAUUGCAAUUACGAGGGCAAAGAGAGAGUGGGAGCUUGAUAUUCUCUCUCGCUAUAAUUUGUUGGAGCAGUUGUCUAAGGAUGACGCAAGGCAGCAGUUCCUUAGGAUCCUUCGUACUCUACCUUAUGGAAACUCAGUUUUCUUCAGCUUGCGUAAGAUAGAUGAUCCAAUCGGUCUUCUACCUGGUCUAAUUAAUUUAGGCAUAAAUAAGCGUGGGGUCCAUUUUUUUCGUCCGGUUCCGAAGGAAUACUUGCACUCAUCAGAGCUUAGGGAUAUUAUGCAAUUUGGCAGCAGCAACACUGCUGUUUUCUUUAAGAUGAGGGUUGCAGGCGUACUUCAUAUUUUCCAAUUUGAAACAAAGCAGGGAGAGGAAAUUUGUGUUGCCCUUCAAACGCAUAUAAAUGAUGUAAUGUUGCGUAGAUACUCAAAAGCACGUAGUGUUGCUGUAGGUCCUCCUCAAGAGGAUUUAACUUGUCAUGUCAAUUCAUCUGGUCUUGAUAAUUACGCAAAACGUGUACUGGAGUUAACAAAAUCUGUUGAAGAAUCUCAUAAGAAUGCAGAUAAG